AUGCUUUCUCCACAAUCAUGUUAUCCUCCAACGUUAUCAAAAGAAACACGGCACAUUAAUUUAAAGAGGAAGAAUAUACUAGUCGAAAAUGAUGUAAAGAUGGACAAAGAUGGUCUCACUGAUCUCUAUAUUCAACAUGCCAUUCCCCUGCCUCAGCGUGACUUACCAAAAAGUAGAUGGGGGAAAAUGAUGGAAAAGAAAAGGCAGCAAAAUGAGUUGAAAAGUGAGAAUAAAAGUGUUACAACGGUGGAAGGUUUAAGGAAACGGCCAUUAAUUGUAUUUGAUGGCAAUUCAACAAGUACAAGCAUAAAGGUGAAGAAGACAGAGAAUGGAGCUGCUGAUCGCCUAAAACCUCCUCCAGCUGGAAGCACCACCAACACUGUUAGAAGAUUAUCCGUUCCUUCAAAUGCCUCAACAUACAUUUCAGCCUCCAGUUUAUCAGAGGACGCUAAGCUGGGAAUGAGGAAUAGUGAGGCUAAGCAGAACAAUAUUUCAAAGACUAACAGCAGUGUGUUGGCUAGUCUGAAGGUGUACCCUUUGUCUCCAGUAGCAGGAACUACUGUUGUGAAGUUAAAGAGAGCCGUUCCAAAAGAAGAAUCUGAUUUGCCGAAUGACCUGAAGCCUACGGAAGCAAAGAAGAAAAUCCAGCAUGUUACAUGGCCAUGAAGUAGCUAAUGGUGCUUGAAACAUAAAUGUUACUUCCAUAUUUUCAAACAGAUAAGUCAUAUUUAAACAGUUUAAGUACAAUUCUUUUUAAACCUUACAGGGAUUCAGAUUGCUGUGAAGUUUUAACAAGUUUAAAAGUUCCCUGUUGUAAAGCUGGAGUCAUUAUCACCGGUCACCUUAAGAGUGUCUACUCUUGUACACCAGGUAGUUCAUCACUUCUUUAAAAGGUGGUAAUAUUACAGUAUACUAAACCCCACACUUUUAGUUUUCAAGGUUAUUAUAGUUCAUCUCCUGCAUGUCACUACGAUUCACACAUAUAAAUAUAUUUUUUUUUUUUUUGUUUCAGUAAGAUUCAGUUUUGUUCCACUUCUGGUUAAAUAGUUAAAAUAGCUAUUGAGAUUCAGAGUGAUCCCAAGAGCCUUCUUGGCUUCAAAAAGAUAAUCCAUUUAGAUGAGAAAACUGACCAUUCUGCUGAUAAGAUAGUCUGAGACAAAAUUUUUUCCUUUUUGUUGCACAGAACAGGAGUGUAGAAUUUACGGUGCAAGUUAGGUUGGUAAUAAGAGAUGAACUAUUUAACAGCAUUAC